AUGGCAGACCGUGGAGGGGGGCCAGGCGUGGGGGUAGGCGGGGUCGGCGGCGGUGGCGGACAGGUGAACCCCUCCCACGUCCUGUUUGACCGCUUCGUCCAGGCCAGCACCUUCAAAGGCACGCUCAAGGCCUUCCAGGAGCUGUGCGACCACGUGCAGCUCAAGCCCACCGAGUCGCGCAUCUUCUACCACAAGCUCAAGUCCAAGCUCAACUACUGGAAGGCCAAAGCGCUAUGGGCCAAGCUGGACAAGAGGGCCUCGCAGAAGGACUACAAGAAGGGCCGCGCCUGCGCCAACUCCAGGUGUGUGAUCAUCGGCGCGGGGCCCUGUGGGCUGCGGACGGCCAUCGAGCUGGCGUUCCUGGGGGCCAAGGUGGUGCUGCUGGAGAAGAGGGAUGCCUUCUCCCGCAACAACGUGCUGCACCUCUGGCCCUACACCAUCCAGGACCUCAGGGGGCUCGGCGCCAAGAAGUUCUACGGGAAGUUCUGUGCCGGCUCCAUCGACCAUAUCAGUAUUCGUCAGCUGCAGCUGAUGCUGUUGAAGGUGGCUCUGCUGCUGGGAAUUGAGAUCCAUGUGAAUGUGGAGUUUAAGGGCCUCAUCGAGCCACCGGAGGACCAGGAGAAUGAGAGGAUAGGCUGGAGGGCAGAGGUGCACCCCAGGACUCAUCCGGUGAACGAGCUGGAGUUUGACGUUAUCAUCGGAGCUGAUGGGAGAAGAAACACUCUUGCAGGCUUCCGCAGGAAGGAGUUCCGGGGGAAGCUGGCCAUCGCCAUCACGGCCAACUUCAUCAACCGGAACACCACGGCCGAGGCCAGCGUAGAGGAGAUCAGCGGCGUGGCCUUCAUCUUUAAUCAGAAGUUCUUCCAGGACCUACGGGAGGCCACAGGGAUUGACCUGGAGAAUAUCGUCUACUAUAAGGACGACACGCACUACUUCGUCAUGACGGCCAAGAAGCAGAGUCUGCUGGAGAAGGGAGUGAUCCUGCAUGACUACGCGGACACGGAGAUGCUUCUGUCGCGGGCCAACGUGGACCAGGCGGCGCUGCUGUCGUACGCGCGCGAGGCCGCCGACUUCUCCACCAACCAGCGGCUGCCCACGCUGGACUUCGCCAUCAACCACUACGGCCAGCCGGACGUGGCCAUGUUCGACUUCACCUGCAUGUACGCCUCGGAGAACGCCGCUCUGGUGCGCCAACGCAACGGGCACCAGCUGCUCGUGGCAUUGGUCGGGGACAGUCUGCUGGAGCCCUUCUGGCCCAUGGGCACGGGUAUUGCCCGAGGGUUCCUGGCAGCCAUGGACUCGGCCUGGAUGGUGCGCAGCUGGGCGCAGGGCAAGACCCCCCUGGAGGUGCUUGCCGAGAGGGAGAGCAUCUAUCGCCUCCUGCCCCAGACCACGCCUGAGAAUGUGAGCAAGAACUUCAGCCAGUACAGUGUUGACCCCACCACCCGCUACCCCAACAUCAGCCUCCACCUGAUGCGGCCCAACCAGGUGCGUCACCUCAUCGACACCGGCGAAUCCAAGGAGACGCUCCGCAUCGACAUGGAGAAUGUCGUCAACGCCUCCACGCCCAAACUGAGUCGUAACGAGCUGAGGCUGUUUGAGCAGCAGUUGCAAGAGUCGGUGGCGCGCUCCAGCAAGCUGCUCAACUGGUGCCAGCGGCAGACGGAGGGCUACCGGGCCGUGGCCGUCACUGACCUCACCGCCUCCUGGAAGAGCGGCAUGGCCCUCUGCGCCCUCAUCCACCGCUACCGCCCGGACCUCAUUGACUUCGACUCCCUGGAUGAGCGGGAUGUGGCCAAGAACAACCAGUUGGCGUUCGACGUGGCAGAGCGAGAGUUUGGCAUCUCGCCCAUCAUGACGGGCAAGGAGAUGUCCGUGGUGGCCGAGCCCGACAAGCUCUCCAUGGUCAUGUACCUCAGCCAGUUCUACGAGAUGUUCAAAGACACUCUGCCACCUAGUGACAACCAUAGCCCAGAGGAGAGGGCUACCGCCAUCUCAAACACUCAGAAGUCUCAUCCCAUCUCCUUCCUCAAGCUCCACCUGGGCUUCAACUCCAGGAAACGCACCCCCAAGGACAAAAAGGAUGAAGACAGUUCGAGCAAGAAGCUGAAGACUGGUCAGUCUGAAGAGGAUGAUCUUCAGCGAGGUUACCACGAUGACCGGUCGUCCGCCUCAACGGCACCCUCGGAGCGGAAGGUGGACGCUGCAUCGGCGGCGGCGAAUUACAACAAGAUCAAGUCCAUCCAGACGCAGCUGCAGGCCAAGUUUGUGGACACGGCCGCCAAUCCAGCGCCCGCCAGCGGACUCAGGAGACAGGGAGACUCGCUGCCCAAUCUGGCCGUCGUGCUGUCCCCUUCCCCGCCUCCCUCUCCUCCCCCGAAAGCACCAGUUCGCCUGGCCCCCAUCCCUGCAUGGAGACAGGGUUCCUUGAGGAAGGAGUUCCCUCAGAACAUCGGAGGCAGCGACGUGUGUUACUUCUGCCAGCGGCGAGUGUAUGUGAUGGAGCGUCUGAGCGCCGAGGGCAAGUUCUUCCACCGUAGCUGCUUCUCCUGCGACUACUGCGGCACCACCCUCCGCCUCUCUUCCUACGCGUUCGAUGUGGAGAAAGGGAAGUUUUACUGCAAACCGCAUUACUGCUACCGCGCGUCCGGCCAGGGUCAGAAGAAGAGACCUGCUCCUGCUUCAGUCUCCACCAAGGAGGCCCAGGCCACGGACCCGGUCACGGUGGACUCGAGCGGCCGCCCGCCGUCGGCGUUGGCCCCCGCGGAGCGGCGUCCCUCAGUGCCGGAGGUGAACGGUGUCGGGGAGCCCAGCAUGGCCAAGCGUCUGCGGGGCACGCCGGAGCGCAUCGAGCUGGAGAACUACCGGCUGUCGCUCCAGCGCGAGGAGGAGCUGGAGGAGGUGCCCGAGGAGACGCUGGCCGAGCACAACCUCAGCAGCGUGCUGGACAAGGCCACGGACGUGGAGGAGGGGUCCAGCAGCUCCGAGUCGGACAUGGAGGACGAAGACGAGGAGGAGGAAGAGCGCCGGCCGGGGCCGUCCGACCUGGGCGGAGUCCCCUGGAAGGAGGCGGUGGAGAUCCACGCCAAGCUGAAGGGCGACAGCGACGGCGACGGGGCGGCCGAGGGCCCCCAGAACGGCUUGGGGCCCCGCAUCCACGUCCAGGAGGACGGAGAGAUGGAGGACGACAUGGAGGGAGGAGAGGAAGAGGAGGAUGAGGAGGAGGAGGAGGAAGAAGAUGACGAGGAAGAGGACGAGUCCAGCGACGCCAGGAACCUGCGCCUCCAGCAAGCGCUGCAGCCGAUGGACCCUCUGGCUGUGCCCCAGGAGCUGUGCCGGACGCCCACACCCUUAGAGGGUGGUCAGGAGGGGCCCUCCACUUCCUCCCUACCUUCCCAGCCCACAGCCCCCUCCCAUACGUCUGCGCGUCAUGAGGCAGUGAGAGCGUGGUUGGACUCUCUGUCAGGAGAGACUUGUGGGGAGGAGGAGGACCCAGAGGCGGAGGCAGGGAGCCUCCACAUUGAGCCUGGAACGGAGCUGGAUUACGAUGACAUCCCAUCAGACGCAGAGGCCGAGGCUCGUCUGCAUCAGACGCCUGACCAGGAGGAGAUGCCUGAGGAUCCUGGCCGACCGGAGAGCCUGGGCAGAGUCUCCAGCCUAGGUCAAACAUCGGAGAGUCCAAAGCAGCUGGUUGUGGAUGUUGUGCUCUCGCCAAUACCAAAAGCCCCUGAGCCUGAGUUAGGGGAGGUACGUCAGGCCCACAGUAAGUCCUCGCCGGUGCCCGUGUUUGUGAUGUCGCCUGGCACCCGCUUCUUCCCGGAGCUCUUCCAUCCAGACACCGACAAACUGCCCACUCCAGUGCAGUCGCCGCCGCCCCAGCCACAGGGUCCGGUCUUCUCUACGAUCCUCUCAGCGGUCAGCGCAGCUGCUGCGGCCACCACCACGCCCGCCUCACCUGCGGACUCUGUCUCGCCCGUGAUUGCGUAUCUCGCUACCGUCUCGCCGGAAGUUACGUCGCCUGUUCUGGUCUCGCCUGCGGUACCUUCGCCUGCUGCCGUCGUCUCGCCCGCCCCUCUUCCGGUCCCCGCCUCUCCCAUCCGCUCGCAACCCCUCCCUCUCCCCGAGACUCCCUCCCCCAAACCCCCCGCCGCCCAAUCCCAGUCCUGCGCUUGCACUCCGUCGGCCAAUCCACUGUCUCCCAUCUGCGCGCAGACUCUUCCCUGCCAGGAGCCUUCCUCGCCGCUCUCCUCGUCCUCUCCGGUCCGCACCCAGCCCUUCCCCGCCGCCACCUCCACCCCGGCGUCCAAGCCGGCUCCGCUGACCCCCCCGGCCGCUCCUCUCACGCCCCCCCUCGGCGAGCCGGACGACUCCAUGGAGGGCACGCCGGGCAAGAAGGACAUCAUCGAGGAGUUCUGGCAGAAGAGCGCCGAGAUCCGCAAGAGCCUGGGCCUGACCCCCCUGGACCGCACGCGCUCCGUGGAGCAGAAGAGCAGCGCGUCGGUCAGCAACGAGACCCUGUCGGUCCGCUCCCCGGGCUUCGACACCACGUCCUUCUCUCCCUCCCCCGCGCCCUCCCCGCCGACCCCCAAGCCUCGCACCCCCGAGCUGACCCCGGCGCUGGACGACCAGCUGCGUCCCGGCCUCCUCAACGGCGGCGGUGGCGGUCGCUCGGUCAUCCGGCGCAUCAACAUCACCCUGGAGGGCCAGCUGAUCUCGCCGGCCGAGCCCAAGAACAGCCGCUCGCCGUCGGAGCGGCGCGAGGCCAGCAGCAGCUCGGGGCUGGGGCUCAACGGCAGCGGCACGGCCACCAGCGACAACAGCGUCAGCGUGAGCGUCUCCUGCGCCUCCGACUCCACGCUGCUCACGCCGCCCUCCAGCCCGCCGCCGCCACCGCCGCCUGACGAGGAGCCCGCCACGCUCAGGCACCAGCGCCACCAGCUGGCCUGGGACGACAUUACACCGCCGCUGGCGAUGGAGACGAAAGCACCGGGCCCGGAGAAGGCCAGACGCCAGCCGGAUGCCAGAACCAGCUCCCCAACUCCUCCUCCUCCUCCGCCUCCGGUGUCGUGCUCCACCCCCAGGGACCGGUCCAGUUCGGUGCCCACGGCCGCGACCACCACGCCCGUUCCGGCGCCCAGGACCGGCCCGGUGGGCUCGUGCGUGGUCAUGCGGCGCGACGUCAAGCCCCGGCGCGAGGAGGCGCGCAAGUCCUUCGCCGAGAGCGUGGAGGAGAUCCCCUUCGCCGACGACGUGGAGGACACGUACGACGACCGGACGCCCGAGACCAGCGCCAACGAGCGCUUCUUCACGCCGCCGACUAGCAAGAAGGACAGCGCCGGCGGGGCCAGCCGGCCGCCGCUCCACUUGGUGCUGGCCAUGGAGAACGGCAAGCCCAACAUCCCCAGCACCCUGGCGGCCGGCCGGCCGGGCUCGGCGGUCAAGACCCCCACCCACAUCUCGCCCGAGGCCAAGGAGAUCGCCGAGGAGCGCAUGAGGGCCCGGGAGAAGUCGGUCAAGAGCCAGGUGCUGAAGGACGCCAUGGCCAAGCAGCUGAGCAAGAUGAAGGAGCCCGAGGCGGUGAAGGAGGCCAUGACCAAGCAGCUGACCAAGAUGAAGGAGUCCGACACGGUCAAGGGCGCCGUGGCCAAGGUGGCCUGGACCGUGUCCGAGACCACGGGCAAGCACAAGAAGAAGCGCUCCAGCUCGCCCAAGAUGACCGCCGUCAAGUCGCUCGAGUCCAAGAAGCAGGCGGAGACGCUGCCCGAGCGCGUCUUCACCACGCCUGGGCCGGCGGCGGGCCGCAGCCAGGACAGCUCGGUGGCGUCAUCCGAGAGCUCGGCGGGCAGCAAGAGCAAGAAGCGCUCGUCGCUCUUCUCGCCGCGCAAGAACAAGAAGGAGAAGAAGUCCAAGGGCGAGGGCCGGGGCUCGGGCUCCGAGGACACGCCGCCCAAACACAAGUCCCUCUGGAAGGCCGUCUUCUCGGGCUACAAGAAGGACAAGAAGAAGAAGGAGGACAAGUCCUGCCCCAGCACGCCCUCGUCCAGCAGCACCACCACGGACUCCAGCAAGAAGAAGGGCCCCGCGCUGGAGCGGUCAGCAGCGGACUUGAAGUUGAGGAAGAACUUGAGUUUCUCAGAAGACUCUGAUAUCUCAUGCGAUGAUAUUCUGGAGCGUUCGUCCCAGAAGUCUAAGGCAGACUCUGUUUAUGUUCCUCAUGCAUUGGCGUUCAAGAGAUCUUACGCCACCAAGAAGACGUACACAGAAGAGGAGCUGAACGCCAAACUUACGCGGCGUGUCCAGAAGGCUGCCCGCAGGCAGGCCAAACAGGAAGAGCUCAAGAGGCUCCACAGGGCCCAGAUCAUCCAGCGUCAGCUGGAGCAGGUGGAAGAAAAACAGCGGCAGCUGGAAGAAAGGGGGGUGGCCGUGGAGAAGGCCCUGCGAGGGGAAGCAGUUGAGCCCUAUGUCGGGACCCCUCGGCGAAGACCCCUCUCCUUCUGCCCCUGCUGUUCCCCUGCAGGAAUGGGCAAAAAGGACGAUCCCAAACUCAUGCAAGAGUGGUUCAAACUGGUGCAGGAGAAGAACGCUCUGGUGCGAUACGAGAGCGAGCUCAUGAUCUUCGCUCGAGAGCUGGAGCUCGAGGAUCGCCAAAGUCGCCUGCAGCAGGAGCUCAGGGAGAGAAUGGCAGUGGAUGACCACAUGAAGGCGGAGGAGGAAUUGGCGGAGGAGAAGCGCAUCCUGAACGAGAUGCUGGAGGUGGUGGAGCAGCGUGACUCCCUGGUGGCCCUCCUGGAGGAGCAGAGGCUUCGGGAGAAAGAGGAGGACAAGGACCUGGAGUCCGUCAUGCUGUCCAGGGGCUUCAACCUCAACUGGGCCUGAGUGACGGCAACCUGCAUAUCUCACUUAUUUCUAUCUCUCUAUUUCUCUCUCUCUCACACACACACACACACACACACACACACACACACACGCACACACACAUACAUACCAUGUGGCAGCCACAUGACAGUGAAGGCCUGACUGCCAAAAAAAAGAAAAAGUUCUAUGAGGACCAGGCCUUGGGUCCCUGGAUGUAUCAGGAAGCGAGUGUAGAGUGUGUCUCUGCAGGAGGCCUGCUCUUUCUCGCUUCAGGGCUGCUCUGGGAGUGGAGAGUUGACGAUGUUUACAAAGCCCUGGCUCCCUGGCCUGUGCUAAGCUGAGCAGAGCCGAGCCGAGCCGAGCGGAGCAGGCCUGGACCCGAGCCCUCUUCAGGCUCUCUCCCCAUCUGCCACUCCCCCUCGCCCAUGGGAACAUCUACUGGGAGCCCUGCCACUCCGAAAACAAACUCUACACAGACAGAGGACAUUUGAAGUUUUGCCUCUGCUGGUUUUUGAUCCCUUUUAACUGUUUUAUUUCUUUUUCUUUUUUUUUAUUAUUUGUGAGACAAGGAAAGGGAAACAUGAGUCCUGCUGAAGGCCAUGGAAUGAUAUGUUUUUGUGUGCGUGUGUGUGUGUGUGUGUGUGUGUGUGUGUGUGCGUGUGUGUUAACAAAACACUGAACCAGAUUGCAUUUUAGAAUGUCCUGUUACAGAUCUAUUCAGAACCAUCACCUCUGGAAUCACCCGGUAGUGGCAUCUCUGUUGCUAUGGCUGCUGACUGACAACAGGGGCCGUCUCUUGACCGACACACUCUCCCUUCUCCUCUGGUUUAUGCCCAUCAUCACUGACGUUCUUUCAGGGGGUCCAGGAGAGUUCCUCAGGACACAGCACUACAGACUGCUCAAACUCACCGAUAUGUCUUCUUCCACCAGUGUCAGCCGUGCGCUCAAAAGAACUGAUGAAUGGACCCCGAGACUCUUGCCUUUCUCUGCUGACGUUUUCUCUGUAGCAUCGGUAAAUCAAAUGGUGCUCGGAAAACCAUCUGUAAGCCAUCAUGUAUCAGAAUCACGGAGGUUUAAAGCCUGUGUGUGUGUGUGUGUGUGUGUGUGUGUGUGUGUGUGUGUGUGUGUGUGUGUGUGUGCACUCACUUAGUCUCUCAGUCUUUGUGGCUUCUCACAGAUAGGAUCACAUAAUAUCAACAUUGAAAAAGUGUCAGGCUUCAGGUUGCCUGUCUACUGGCUUUUAUUGAGUAGUGAAAAUAGGGUUUUAAGGAAUACCAUCAUGCUAUGGCUUUUCAAUACCGCUCUUAGCUUACUUUUUAUCAUGUUUUUACCUUUUCUCGUGUGUUUACAAUCAGUCGAGACAUUUCAUCAAAACAGACAUACACAAAAUCCUUCAAGUAUCAUGCAACUGUAAGCAUUGUGCUAUCUGGAUGUUGGGGAUAUAGAGAGGACGAACAAUCAUUGACAAAGCUGUUGAUGAAAUACUUUCAACAAAAUCACUUUGAUGUAAGAGAGCCGAGUCCUCAAAAGCUUGUGGUCUUUGUAUCGUCCAGAAAACGGUCUGUCAUUCUCUAGACAGUAGUUUCCAUUGUCAGUGGAAUGUACCCGAUACGGAUCACUGAACAGGGUAGACAACAACUGACAUCGUGAAAGACCUGGCCCUUUUCGCUAGCAGAUAUAUCCCUCUUGCAUUUCCAGAAAUUACCAUCGUAAUAGAGGGAGAACAUUCAACAUUAUCAUCCCUGUUUGGGUAAUUUAUACGUAGUGGUUCACAGUUGGUGCUUUCUGGGAAUGCAUCCGAGCAAAGCAGGUUCUUAUCUGGAGUCAGCUGCCAAAGCAGCUCCCUCUAGAUGUAGCAGAGGGGACUGCACAAGCCGCUGGGAGAUGUGUUUACGGUCUUCUGAGCUUUGGGAGAGUCCAAUGCCUUUUAAUUAACACUUCUGAAAGUUCUUGCUUCACAUCUUUAUUCCUCCUAGUGUUUACCACUUUCAUUUGUGAAAAAAAUAGUUUUGUUUUCCAAGAAAAAAAUACAAAUUAUUUAUAUUUUUUUUCCUUUCUUUUAUUUUACAACACAGAUUCACAUGCCACUAAUUGGGAGCAAGUUGAAUGCUCUCUCAGCACUUCUUAAAAGUAGUUACAUCAUCGCGUCACUGAGCUUACGAACAGCCUUUUCAUCUUUGUUAUUUUUGCCAAACUGUAAAUGUCAGCUUGGUCACCAUUUUGCUGUAUAGUUGGGCACCCAGAGGUUUAUCCUGUAAGUAAAUGAACGAAUAAAUAAAAACAGAUAACUGUGUAAUUCACUUAACAGUGAACGAAAGAGAUCGUUACACAAGUUCAUGGUUAGUUUUUAGAUGGUGUGUGAAAUGUUUGACAGAUUUUAUUGAUAUUUAUUAACAUGUGUGCAAAAAAAUGUAUCAUAUGUAAAGAAAAUGAAUCCUAAUUUUUGAGAACCCUGUUUGUGGUUUCCUCUUACGGAUAUGUAAAUGCUUCCUGUAGCUGAUUUGCAUAUAAGAUGUUGGAUGUAUGUAAAGGCAAUAAAAUGCAGUUGUUAUUCA